UCUCACUUGUUUUCUUCCCCUUUUUCCUAUAUAUUUCUACACCAUUUCCAAACCACUUCAUACCUUUUUUUUCCUUUCCAAUUCUUCUAAAUUUCAAACCCCAGGACCACAACCACAAAACCAUGACCAAUCAAAGCGUUUCUUCAAAAUUGGAGCCAUGGCAUGAUUUGUCCGGGAAGGUUGUGAUGGUGACCGGAGCGUCGUCAGGGCUCGGCCGAGACUUCUGUAUAGACCUGGCGAAAUCCGGCUGUAGAAUCAUUGCGGCGGCGCGCCGGAUAGACAGGCUCGUGUCUCUCUGCGACGAGAUAAAUCAACUUGGACGAAACGGCGGUGCUGUUACACCUGGUAACUGUGAGAUCGCCGACGAUGUUAGGGCGGUGGCGGUGGAGCUUGAUUUGAGUGGUAAGGGCCCCGCCAUUGAGGCCUCCGUGAAAAAGGCGUGGCAGGCAUUUGGGCGUAUCGACGGUUUGAUUAAUAAUGCUGGGGUUAGAGGUAAUGUCCAGAGUCCAUUGGAGUUGACCGAAGAAGAAUGGGAGAGUACAACAAGAACAAACUUAACCGGAACAUGGUUGGUGUCAAAAUACGUAUGUAUACGUAUGCGUGACGCGCAUCACGGAGGAUCAAUCAUCAACAUCUCAUCAAUUGCGGGCCUUGACCGUGGUCAACUCCCCGGUGGUCUCGCUUACGCCACUUCAAAAACGGGUGUUGUCACGUUGACCAAGGUGAUGGCUAUGGAAAUGGGAGCGUAUAAGAUUAGGGUGAACUCGAUUAAUCCGGGGCUUUUUAGGUCGGAGAUCACGGAGGGCUUAAUGGAAAAAGACUGGCUGAAUAAUGUGGCUGAAAGAACAGUUCCAUUAAGAACAUUUGGAACAGCGGAUCCAGCCUUGACUAAACUUGCGAGGUAUCUGAUCCAUGACUUGUCACGAUACAUCAGUGGCAAUGUGUUCAUAGUUGAUGCGGGUGUUACCCUACCGGGUGUCCCGAUUUUCUCUUCACUUUAGAUCCGGAGAGUAAUAAUAGUUUAAAGCAAAUUUAUGGGGGAGUUUAUUUGGACGUUUAAUUGUAAAUAAAAGUUGGAAAAUUGUUGAAGUUUGAAUUUUGUUCGUAAAAGAGCGUAGAAGGUAGUGGAGGUUAUUGGUUUUAUUAUGUAUUUCUUAAUUAAAAUGUCUAAUUGAAAUAUGGUUUGAUAA